AUGGUCUCAGCAUUCCCAAUGGACAACUUCUACAGAGGACCGUUAUCAGUCGACACCAACCAUGCUCAAAAAUACUUUGAGGAGGAGGCUGACAGCAUACUCGACGACAACAUUCUUGACCAGAGCGGCAUUGACUCGGGCUUCGAGAACUCCCCUUCUAUGACGGAUAGCAGAAGGGAUUCCUUCGCAGUCGCCCCCUCGCUCUUCUCGCCAAAAACCGAGAGCUGGCAGCAAGUGGACAUGCAGGCCGUCCCGUCGAACAACCCCUUCUUUGACGCUCAGAGCAACAACCCCUUCCUGCAGAUGGACCGAGGCCAGCACGCCGUUUACGCGAACCAGACCUGGCCCAUGACCAGCUCUGGAUCCGCCACCCCUCAGAUGCAGACAUUCGACGGCCUCCCAGCGGAAUACGACUCGGCUCCCAUGAACAUGUUCCCCAAGCCCAGCCCUUUCCAGGUGCAAGCGACGCCCUUUGGCAACCCCGGACCUCAGCCCGCCAUGUUUCAGCAGCUCCCUCAGUCCAUGCCCACCUCCCCCCACAAGGACGUGUGGAUGGCCCAGGAUGUCAAGAGCCAGGCCUUGAAGCGACCGCGGCCCGCCAGCCCCUUGAUCCGCUCUCACAACGACUUGCGGAGGGGUGAUGGCAUCCGGAAGAAGAACGCACGCUUCGACAUCCCCGCUGAGCGCAACUUGACCAACAUCGAUCAGUUGAUUGCCCAGUCCACCGAUGAGCAAGAGAUCAAGGAGCUCAAGCAGCAGAAACGACUCCUUCGCAACAGACAGGCUGCCCUUGAUUCCAGACAACGCAAGAAGCUUCACACUGAGCGUCUUGAGGAUGAGAAGAAGCAUUUCACCGAGGUGAUCUCCUCCCUGGAGGACACCAUCGCCGAUCUGCAGAGGGAGCUUGAGAAGCUCUCGAUGGAGAAGCAGGACUACCAGACCUAUGCCCACAACCUCGAGAGAGAGCGUGACGAGUUGAUCAGCAAGCACACGAUCGAAUCGGGCGAGCUGCGGAAGAAGAUCGGCGUCCUAACCAACCACGUGCAGUCCAUGGAGGGUGCCACCUCUAACGCACCGGGCUUCCCCGGCGCUUUUAACGAGAUGGACGGCAUCACCAUGGAUGGUUCCUGGGAGAACAUGCCCGUCUUUGGCGAGUUCCCCUUGGAGCAGACUGCCGAGGUCAAGCAGGAGAUGCAGCUCGUCUCCACCAAGAAGCCCGAGAUCGCUCUGCCGACCGACUCCGAGAAGCCCGCCCAGCCUGGCGGCCUCCUCUUCAUGCUCUUCCUCGUCGGCGCUUUCGUCCUCUCGAGCCGCUCGACCCCCAGCAUUCCCCGCGUGUCCGAGGAUGUCCGCGCCGCGUCCGCGACCCUCCUCGAGAACGUGCUCAAGGAUGCCGGCGUCAGCGGCCAGGCCCCCUCGGGGGUCGCUGCGAUGGCUCCUCAGCCAUCCGGCACCAGCUGGACCCAGGCCUCAGGCUCAUCGCUCCCGCUUGCCACGCCGAUGGUGGACAACGUCGCACCAUCGAUGCUCGGUGAGAUGGCCGAUGCCCUGACGCAGCCCACCGAACAGCAGACCAACGAGCAGAUCUUCUCGCUUACGGCUGCGCAAUAUAAUGACUUGACCUCGCAAGAUUUCCUCCCUAGUGCUGGUGCCGAAAGGACUACGAGCCAGGGCAGACGCAAUCUCGCCGAGGCUCUCGCCAACAUGCGCAAUGCCAAUAAGCAGUCGGCUGCCGAGGUCUACACUCGGUCGCUGCUCUGGGACCAGGUUCCAAGCGACGUCGUCCGAUCGUUUGCCAAGAUGAUUGCUGAGAGCAACUCUGCUCAAGCCUCCAGCGGCAACGACCGGUCAUAA